AUGACACUUUACUACACUUUUGUUUUCGGGAUUUUAGCGUUCGAAAUGGUCAUGUUUCUGCUACUGGCCCUUCCUAUCCCGUCGAAAUAUCGCAAACCUGUAACCAUGGCCUUGAUCAGACCGUUUCGAUUAACACAGGUCCAGGUGGCCAUAAAAUGCAUCUUGGGGUUCAUUCUGCUACUAUUUGUGGACACUAUCAACCGUGUAUACACGAUCAACAGCGAACUAUCGCAAACAUCGUUGGCUGCAGGCGUGGGCGUCAGCGAUCGCAACGAGGUCCAAAGUCGCAAGUUUUACGCGCAAAGAAACAUGUACCUGACCGGUAUUACGUUGUUUUUGACCUUUACCGUGUUCAGAACUUAUGGCUUGGUAUGGGAAUUGCUAGAGUUGAAAGAAAAAUACAGAAAAGAGCCUGACAACAUGGAUGUUGACGACUUGAAAAAACAGAUCGCGGACGCAGACAAGGAAAUUAAGUCGCUCAAGGAGCGUGCCGAAAGCUUGCAAGCGGAGAUGUGA